AUGGGUUUAAACAGAAUUGAUCAUAUCCCAUUAUCUUCGAUUUUCAUCGGAAAAUUUUCUGUCAGCUAUGAUUGCUUUACAAGUAUUGAAGGAUUGAAGAAUUGUGGAUUAGCGGGAGCGAUAAAUAAUAACGAUACAGGGAAUAUGGCUGGAAGUAGGUGGCCGGCUGCAGUGGCUCCUACCAACAGAGUCGGCAAUGCUUCUCGAGCAAAACAAGUUAUUUUCGAACCUACAUUUGCCAAAAUGGAAAAAGAGAAUUACGCUUUAACUCAGCGACUAAAGGAAGCUUUCUAUAAGGUAGAGAAGCGGUAUCCUGGUUUCAGUAAAGAUUUCAUGAUUGGCUUGCUUCAGCGGAUGGGAGUCGAUAGUGAAAUCGACGUGACUGAAACGUGUUUACGGAUUGCUGCUCUUCAAGAAUGUGAUAAUCCAAGGACGUCAAGAAAUCCUAGAGUUUUGGAGUUGGAACUUACGGCUAAGACCCUGAAAACUAUUCUUAGUAGCAUACCUGAUGAAAUUAUCGACCGCAGAGCAUUUAUAGAAGUCAUCAAAGGAAUAGCAGAUGCGAUAAAGAUGUUGUUAGCUGCUGUGGGUGCCUUUUAUGAUACGUUACCACCAGGAACACAAAAGAAAUGUCUUGAAGAUCAAAAACGAAAAUUUAUCACCUACUGUCGUAAAUUUAGUGACACUUUGAAGCAGUACUUUAGGAACAACGAUCAAACUGUGGUUUUCAGCAGCGCAAACCUUCUGGUUAGCCAAACCAACCUAAUUUUGUUUGUGGUUCAUGAUGUAGAUUGA